AGUUUCAGACCGUGACUCGCUCCGUCGUUGAUUAGCGGCUGGAUGCUGAAGCAGAGCUAAUGCUGUGAUUUUCUUAUGAAUAAAAAGCGAGGGAUUGAACCUCCUGACCACCGCGGUAAGGAGGGGCUUGAGCUCACCCUCACGCCGUGUGUUUUUCAUGUAGAGAAUCUGCCCUGUCUCGGGACCGAUGCAGACGCCUCCUCAGAUCUUCUCGGUCAGUACCUGCUCUUGGGUCAGCAGAUUUUGUCGCUUUCAAGCUGAUUCCUUGGAGGUACCUGAAACCAUGUCAGUCAGCGUCCAUGAAAACCGCAAGUCAAGGACGAGCACAGGCUCCAUGAACAUCUCGCUGUUCCACAAGCCCUCGCAUCCCGACAGCGUCCUGACGCACCUUAACACUCUCCGCAAACAGUGCAUGUUUACAGACGUGACUUUAUGGGCUGGAGAUCGCUCUUUUCCUUGCCAUCGGGCCGUUUUGGCAGCUUGCAGUCGCUACUUCGAAGCCAUGUUCAGUGGAGGCCUCCGUGAAAGCCUGGACAGUGACGUCAACUUCCGUGAUAGCGUGCACCCAGAGGUGCUGGAGCUACUUCUGGAUUUUGCUUACUCGUCACGAGUCAUCAUUAACGAGGAGAAUGCGGAAUCUCUUCUCGAAGCUGGAGAUAUGCUGCAGUUCCAUGACAUCCGUGAUGCCGCAGCAGAGUUCCUUGAAAAGAACCUUCACUCGUCUAAUUGCUUGGGUAUGAUGCUUCUAUCCGAUGCUCAUCAGUGUAAGCGCUUGUAUGAACUCUCAUGGAGGAUGUGCCUGGUUCACUUUGAAGCCGUGCGGGACACCGAGGACUUUUAUGGGUUAUCUAAAGACAAGCUUUUAGACCUUAUACUCAGCGAUGAGCUGGAGAUUGAAGAUGAGCAGAUUGUGCUAAAUGCGGUCAUGCGCUGGGUCAGGUACGAUUUAGAUAGUCGCAGAGACUACUUCCCUGAACUGCUUCGGGGUAUCCGUCUCGCGCUGUUGCCUUCCGAGUGCCUGAUUGAGGCUGUGGCUUGUGAAGAACUGGUUAUGUCAGACAAACGGAGUCGACAGAUUGUUGAAGAGGCCAUCCAGUGCAAGAAGAAGAUUUUGCAGAACGACGGAGUUGUCACAAGUCCGUGUGCAAGGCCACGCAAAGCUGGUCACACGUUGCUCAUUCUUGGAGGCCAGACAUUCAUGUGCGAUAAGAUCUACCAAGUCGAUCAUAAAGCAAAAGAAAUCAUACCCAAGGCAGACUUGCCCAGUCCGAGAAAGGAAUUUAGCGCAUCUGCCCUCGGAUGCAAGGUCUAUGUGACUGGAGGAAGAGGUUCUGAAAAUGGCGUAUCAAAAGAUGUUUGGAUAUAUGAUACGGUCCAUGAGGAAUGGUCGAAAGGUGCUCCCAUGUUAAUUGCACGUUUCGGUCAUGGAUCCGCCGAACUGGAAAACAGCCUUUACGUCGUCGGAGGCCACACUGCUAUAUCCGGUGUCUUUCCUGCUUCCCCUUCAGUAUCACUAAAACAAGUAGAACGUUAUGACCCUGUAACCAACAAGUGGGCCAUGAUGGCACCACUCCGAAAUGGUGUCAGUAAUGCUGCGGUGGUCAGUGCUAAGUUAAAGCUGUUUGUUUUUGGGGGUACUACCAUCCACAGAGACACGGCUUCCAAAGUCCAGUGCUUUGAUCCGCUGGAGAACCGAUGGACCAUAGCAGCAGAAUGUCCUCAACCUUGGCGGUACACCGCAGCUGCAGUGCUGGGAAGUCAAAUUUUUAUCAUGGGCGGUGAUACGGAGUUUACUGCUGCUUCUGCUUACCGAUUCAACUGUGAAACUAACCAGUGGAUGCGUGUAGGAGACAUGACCUCUAAAAGGAUGAGCUGCCAUGCUGUAGCCUCAGGGAACAAACUCUAUGUUGUCGGAGGCUACUUUGGGACACAGAGGUGUAAGACACUGGAUUGCUACGAUCCAACAUCAGACAGCUGGAACAGCAUCACUACAGUGCCUUAUUCGCUGAUUCCUACUGCGUUCGUUAGCACCUGGAAGCAUCUGCCUGCCUAGCGGUCUUGAAGGAUGGACUUGAAUAGGUAUCUACGGUUCUGGGAGGCGUUACUCUGUGUGUGUGUGUGUGUGUGUGUGUGUGUGUGUGUGCGCGCGUGUGUGUGGGUGUGUGUGGGUGUGUGUGUGUGUGCUUCUUAAUCAAAUGGAUAAGACACUAAGCUGGAGCUCCUCUGUGAGCACAGAGUGGAUCUGAUCCACUGGCUAACAGAAGGCAUGAACACACCUCGACCUCUCACACUGAUGUGUUGAGAAACAACGAGCAAAGUUUUCUGGAAUCUGCAGAACAUUUGACUUAAAAAUGCACGUUACAGUGAUUUGGGACACAGCUGAAAAAACUGUGGAGCAAACGUGAAACCUACGAACAGCAGCACAACGUUCUCAUGGACUUCCUGGAGUUUUAAUUACUGAAGAAAUGCUAAUUUAAGAUGUGCAUCAGGGUUUAUUUGUGUCCAGGAAAAAAGGAUGAGGACUUUGCACAGAUUUGAUGAGGGUUUAACUUUAUUUCUCUGAAGAUGUGUGAAGAUAAAGGCAUGUGCUGAUAAUCGUUUGUGUGAUCUAUUAAACAGUGGAAUUCUGACCUAACGUUAAUAUCACGCACUUCUCUUUCUGCAGUAACAGAUCAACUAGUCUUAUUAACUAAUGCUGUCUUAAGCUCCGCCUCCUCUUUGUUUCUAUUGGUUGCUUUAUUUAAUCUGUAACACUCGUUUCUGGCUGUAGAUAAACUCUGAUUCACUGAUUACAAUAAGAAAAAACUCAAGACUCUUAACUGCUCUGUGAACAUUUAUAGUACAGCUUAUAAAACAUAGAACAUAUAAAUAAUGUUUAAUGAAAUAAAACUAAAUCUUCGUUAACUACACACUACACUACACUACACACUACAUUACACACUACACUACACUAUGCACUACACUACACACUACAUUACACACUACACUACACUACGCACUACAUUACACACUACACUACACUACACUACGCACUACACUACACACUACACUACACUACGCACUACAUUACACACUACACUACACUACACUACGCACUACACUACACACUACAUUACACACUACACUACACUACACUACGCACUACACUACACACUACAUUACACACUACACUACACUACACUACGCACUACACUACACACCACACUACACUACAUUACAAACUACACUACACUACACUACCCUACACACUACACUACCCUACAGACUACCCUACACACUACACUACACAACACACAAUACCCUACACUACACUACACUACACACUACACUACACUCUACACUACACACCACACUACAUUACACACUACACUACCCUACACACCACACUACACUACAUUACACACUACACUACACUACCCUACAGACUACCCUACACACUACACUACACAACACACAAUACCCUACACUACACUACACAUUACACUACACUACACCACACUACAUACUACCCUACACUACACAACACCACACUACACUACACACUAUACUACCCUAUACACUACACACCACACUACACUACACACCACACUACACUACACACCACACUACCCUAACCCUACACUACACACCACACUACCCUAACCCUACACACUACACUACACUACACUACAGCAGUCACGUUUCAGGGUAAUCUGGUGCCGUGACCCGGAUAAUGAACACAUGAACACUAGCACAGCUGGAUUAAAGCAUGUGUGUGUUUACUGUCUGGUGUAUCGCACAAACCGUUAUCAGCACACACCCUCUGAAAAAUGAAGAAUUUUUCAUGCUUAAAGGAUUUUUAUAGGAUGUGAAUUUUAGACUAAGAAACUGUUUUUAUUUUAAAGUUUAAUAAGCAGCUUUUUCAUUGGAAAGGCACAUUUCUGUCACCGUUUUAUUAGAUUGAAAUCAUGCUCCAUGUUUUUUUGCCAUUAAUCU